AAAGCUACUCGCAUUCUGAGUUCGAAACUUUAGAUAUUUUUUACGUCUGAAAUGUAUUUUACAGAGCGGCAUCGUUAUGCCAUUGGCAUUCUCACAUUACUUUGCGUAGUAUUUAUUUGGGUCGGAUCUUCGUUUUUGAUGAACAAUAUAUUUGCAAAUCAAAAGUAUAACAAGCCAUUCAUUAUCACAUAUACAUGUACAGCUUCUUUUUCAUUAUAUUUACUAUAUUUUAUUUGUAAUAAGAAACGGCAUAUAGACAAACAAAGAAUGACGAAUUUUAACACUGCGUUGUAUGAUGUUUUGUCACGUUCGUCAAGUGAACGUUCAUUGAAUUCAAAUGAUGAUAAUCAUCCUCAUAUUGACCCUCAUGAUGUGCUUUCGUCCAUGCAUGAUGAGGAAAAGUUGACAACUCGACAAGUUGCCGAAUUGGGAUUUACCUUUUGUAUUUUAUGGUUUGCAGCUAACUGGAGUACCAAUGCAUCUAUCGCGUAUACGUCUGUUGCAAGUAGCACAAUCUUAUCUUCAACAUCAGGAUUGUUCACUUUAAUUAUUGGUUCUCUUUUUGGAGUUGAAAAGUUUACAUUAAUUAAAUUAGCAGCAGUUCUUAUAAGCAUUUUUGGUGUUUUCUUAAUCUCGAAUGGAGAUGAAUUCAGUUCUGAUGAACCUGGUGAUGAUAUUCCUACUAAUCCAUUAUUUGGCAAUCUUCUUGCUCUAAUGGGAGCUUUUUUUUAUGGAUGCUAUACAAUUUUGUUGAAGUUACGUAUCCAAAAUGAAUCUCAUGUUAAUAUGCCAUUAUUCUUUGGAUUUGUUGGGAUAUUUAAUGUAAUUUUACUUUCGCCGAUAUUUCCGUUGCUACAUUUUACUGGAUUAGAACAAUUUGAACUUCCACCAAAUAUUACAAUAUGGACAAUGAUUGCAAUUAAUGCAUUAAUAGGCACCUUCUUAUCAGAUUAUCUUUGGCUUCUAGCUGUUUUGCUAACAUCUCCACUGACUGCUACACUUGGAUUAAGUUUGACGAUACCUAUAGCGUUAAUUGGUGAUAUAUUUUUCAAAGGACUUGUAAUGAGUAAAGAAUAUUGGCUUGGGGUUUUUAUGAUAGUUGGUGGAUUUCUUUGUGUAAACUUUUAGAGCUAUAUAGAAAAGUGAUAAAAUAUUGAAAUACACUAUACAUUGUAUUAGUAUAUGUGAGUACAUAUAUAAUAUACUGUGUAUAUAUAUAGUACUUAAAAAUAAGUUAAAUUAUUGAAACAAUGCCAAUUCCCCAUAGAUUAAUUAAUUAUCCCUUAAGGAUCUUAUUUUUAUUUCUUUGGAAAAA